UGCAUGCCAUGAUUCAUGCUACAAAGUACUUCAAACGAUUCCAGCGAUAUUACUUCAGAUAAAAUAAUCUUACUGUGAUAUAAAAAUGAAUCCCAAUAGCUUAAAAUAUAAGCGCAGCGGCAGCGCGAGAUGCGCAAACAAUCAUAACAACCAAUGCUGCAACCGAAAGUGACCAUAGUGCAACGCCGGAUAAUUCUGUUAUACGAGUAGUUUCACAAAAUGUCCGCCUUUACCUUAAUGCUUACGUUCGCAUUAUCGUUAGCCGUGGUCGCUGCAAAAGAGCAAAGGAUAACAGCCGUUUGGCUAUCCAGAGACUUCGAUGCCGGGCGAUCCAUCAAUCAUGCGACGGUUCACGCUGCGCUGAGAGAUGCCAACGAUCUGUUGGUUGAUAGUCAAACAGCAAUGACAAACGCUUUCGGAGAAUUUAAUUUGUCUAUACCGGUGGAGACGAUCCACACCAUAACCUUCGAGAUGGCCGGCUUCUCACCAAUUGUCCUAGCAAACUUUCAUCGUAAUCUCCGACUGAACAGCACAGUCAUAAUGGAACCCUUGUUGUGGAUCAGCGAAACAUGGGCCGGACCUGCCACAGUCAGCGGACGGCUUUUUUAUAUGAGUCCUGGCAACUAUAACGUAGCUAUUCCCGCCCCUUCUGUAAAUGUUACUUUUCGUUACGGUCUGAACAAUGACUCAGGGCCUUUUCUCGCGACAACUACAACGAUGGAAAAUGGUUACUGGGUCCAGAGCCUACCGUCUGGAUAUUACACGGCAACAGCUAGCGCGACAGGAUACAUACCGAAAGUCUUCACGGUUGUCGUCUACAGCCUCGUCGGCCCCGCCCCUAUGCAUUCACUGAUGCCUGACGUGUCUAACGAUGACAUUCGGAUAAUUCUCUUUAAUUCGAGAUAUGCCUACAUGGAGCUGGUGGUCGAAGGGCCUCUGCAGGACACCCAAUACCGCACACGUGUGGAAUGUCAGGGAAUGAAAUCAAGCGAAGAUAAGCUGAUUCAGAAUGACUACGCUGGAACUUUUGCCGAUAGUACCGUCAUCACGAAGCAGCUGCCCGGCACGUACCGUAUCAGUGUAUACGAUUGGAAUAGCCGCAAGAAACAACAGAUCUCGUUGUUAGCCAAUUCGAAUUCUGUUGUCGAACUGUACCGCGGGAAGAGCCUGUGGGCAAGGUAUUAUGUCCCAAAUCGCGUUGGCAACACCUGGAGCGUGGCGGAGUUUAACGGAGCGAAUCUAACGGUAAUCAACGAAAUUACGACAGAAUACCACUAUACUUAAACGAACGCCGAUUGUUCCAGAUUUAACAUUCUUUCAGUAAAGUACACUUUACGUGAUGCUUAUUAACUUUAACGCUCUGCAUUGGCUAUUUUCUAGGUUGAUUUUGUGCUUUUUUAAUCGUUCAAUCAAAAUUAUUUAGAGCUUUUCUCUGUGCAAUGACUUAAAUUAACAGGAGUAUCCCCCCAAGUGCACCCCUCCCGCAUG